CGUGCGCAUCCUGCAAGGACGCAGUGGUGGGAAGAGUGGGGAGAAAAGCGUUCAGCAGGACCGUUGAAUUCAGCUUCACAAAACAAAAACCAGCAGCAAUGGCGAUCGCCAUGGCGGCCGAUGCGAGAGCCAUCAUCGGGGGGGACACAGACUCCGGAUUCACGUCGUCGGCGCUAGGCCCACGAUCCGAUCCAUGGUCGAGCCUCGCACUGACGAGGCCUAGCAGGAAAUCGGGGGUACCACCGGAGACCAACAACCAGACUGAGACGACUGAGCAGGAGACGAGGGCAACCACCCUAAUCUCAAGACGGACGGCAACCAUGUCCAAGCCAACAUCACCACCCGAGCUAACGACUCGACUGCCAGCCCCACGCGUGACAAGCGGCACGAAAUCAGACGUGUUGGCAGAUAAUACACCGAGCCCAACGACUCUAAGCCCUCACGAACCCUUGUUCGCAAUGGAAAUGCCACCGUCCCAACAACAACAGCAGCGCCCAGACAAGAAACAGGCGGCGCCCUCUUCGUCUCGGGCAAACGCCCCAGAAAGCCGCCCCACGCGCUCCCCAUCGUCUCGGGUCGUCCAGAACCUAGAUUGCAGCUUGAGCAUCGCAACGGGCUCGCCGCAGUACCGCGAAAAAACACACAGCCCGCAAUUAUUCUUCUCCGACGACGACGACGACGAUGAUGAUGACGACGCCCAUGACGACACCGACUACUUCCGACCUGGGAUUCUUGGACGGCGCGGCCUGAGGAACAGCGGGAAGAUACUGGAUCGGACGAGGGGGAAGCGAGUGUCGUAG